GUUCUCCCUUUCUGCCUCUGUAUGCGUUUCGCUGGCGGUGUUGAAGGAGAUGUUUGAUAUGUUUCUGUUUGUCGACAAUUAGACCGGAAAAUUUCAUUCAGCUUACGUUCACUCUCCCAGAAUCACUCCGGCUGCGUUUUGUUUGUAAUGUCUCUGCGGCCGAGAAACGGCCUGAUAUUUGGUGGUCUGGGUCGAUGUGUUGUUCUUGGUUCGGAAUGUCAGAACCUUCCAAAGUGAUCCACGUUCGCAAUGUUGGGCAUGAGAUUUCUGAAAAUGAUUUGCUUCAGCUGUUUCAGCCAUUUGGGGCCGUUACUAAGCUUGUAAUGCUCCGAGCAAAAAAUCAGGCCCUUCUUCAGAUGCAAGAUGUUUCUGCAGCUGUCAAUGCCCUUCAGUUUUAUACAAACGUGCAGCCAAGCAUAAGAGGGAGGAAUGUCUAUAUCCAAUUUUCAUCGCACCAGGAAUUGACGACAAUGGAACAAAACACUCAUCAUGGACGAGUAGAUGAGCCAAAUCGUAUUCUCUUAGUCACGAUCCAUCACAUGUUGUACCCAAUUACAGUGGACGUGCUUCAUCAAGUUUUUUCUCCUUAUGGAUUUGUGGAGAAGAUCGUCACUUUCCAAAAGUCGGCUGGUUUUCAAGCUCUCGUGCAGUAUCAGUUACAACAGUGUGCUGCCUCUGCUAGAACAUCACUGCAGGCCCGUAACAUUUAUGAUGGGUGUUGUCAGUUGGAUAUCCAAUUCUCAAACCUUGAGGAGCUGCAAGUAAAUUAUAACAACGAGCGUUCUAGGGAUUAUACAAAUCCAAAUCUGCCAAAUGAUCAGAAAGGCCGCUCAUCACAUCAGCCCGCCUAUGGUGACGUAGGAGUUGCAUAUCCUCAGAUGACAAAUGCAGCUGCAAUUGCAGCCGCCUUUGGAGGAGGGCUUCCUCCAGAGCAUGAUAAACAACUUGGUUACCUUAUCAUGUUUUCCUGCACCUGCCAUUUUUUUCCCCAGAGAAUUGACGAGGAUAAGCUAUUUAAUCUUUUCUCCCUGUACGGGAACAUAGUAAGAAUUAAGCUUCUUCGGAACAAACCCGACCAUGCGCUUGUUCAAAUGGGUGAUGGUUUCCAAGCUGAACUGGCAGUGCACUUCCUGAAGGGAGCUGCCCUGUUUGGUAAGCGAUUAGAAGUAAACUUCUCAAAGCAUCCAAACAUAACUCCAGGCACUGACUCUCACGACUACGUUAACUCUAAUCUUAACCGCUUCAAUCGCAAUGCCACAAAGAACUACCGCUACUGCUGCUCUCCAACAAAGAUGAUCCACUUAUCAACUCUUCCCCAAGACAUCACAGAAGAGGAAAUCUUGAACCAUCUCCAAGAACACGGGCCAAUUGUUAACGCAAAAGUCUUUGAGAUGAAUGGGAAAAAGCAGGCCCUUGUGCAGUGUGAAAACGAGGAGCAAGCCACGGAAGCACUCGUGUGCAAGCAUGCGACUUCUCUAGACGGGUCGAUAAUCAGAAUCUCCUUCUCCCAGUUACAGACAAUAUGAGACGAGGAAGAACACCCGAAGGAGGUAAUAAUCAUAGGGUUUGUGAUAUUGAUUUGGGAAGAAUAAUGAGCAAUCUCAUAGGGUUUGGUGAUAAUGAUAAUGAAUUUUUAUGUUGAAACCACUUGAAUCUAUCUGCUCCGUUGGUACACUUUUGUGGUCCUUUUAACUACUUGUGAGAUUUUUUUUUCUCUCCCUUUUCUUUUUGUUUUAUCUUUCCAUUUUUUGUUCCAUUGUUGAUUGUAAGGUUUGAACUUUGACCUGAGUUUCUGAUUUUUUAGCUAUUAGAUUACAAUAGUGCCAAGGGGAAAGGGGAGUAGUAAAACAGGUGCAGUUCUUUUGUCUUUUUUGUCAAGUUAAUAAGAAGAGAAAUCUUAAACC